UGAGUGCGCGAGUCACACGCACUGCUCCCGUGGCCGUCUUCGCCUGUAGCGUCGUCCCGAACUUCACAUCCAGCGACGUCGCCGCCAGGUCCACGCGACCACCGUCACCAGCAACAUCGUCGUCGUCGUCGUCGAUUCCCCGAAGAAAGCAUCAACAUCGUUAUCAAAUCCCACCGAACACCAUCAAGUCAGAGGCUGCAUCAUCAUCAGUUCCACGUGAACUCCAUCAUCACAUCGCCACCACCUCCACCAUCAUUAUUGGAGACCCCGUGGGCCGUGGAGAGGAGUGGGCGAGUCGGGGAUCAUGGACGUGCCAGUGGCCCGCGUCUCCCUCCCCGUCCUCGUGCUCCUCCUCUCCCUCCUGUCUGGCCGCUGCGUGUGCGUGACUGUGACGUCGGCGACGCCGCGUGUGGAGCGCGCGCUGGGCCAGGUGGCGACGCUCGACUGCAGCUUCACGGUGGACGCGGGCGACACGGGCGUCCUCGACGUGGAGUGGACCAUCGACAACCCCGACACCAACCAGAGGGACAGCAUGGUGAUAUCCAGCCAGGGGGGCGAGGUGUUCACCCAGAUGGCGUCGCUGCGCGGGCGCGUGUCGUUUGCGGGCAACGUGGCGCAGGGCAACGCGACGGUGCUCAUCGCGUCGCUGCAAGCGGGCGACAGCGCCACCUACGAGUGCAAAGUGAAGAAGGCGCCGGGCAUCGACCGGCAGCGCAUCCAGCUCAGUGUGCUCGCGCGGCCCACGGCACCGAUGUGCACAACGGCGGGGGUCUCGGAGCUGGGGAAGGAUGUGACUCUGUCCUGCGCCUCCUCCGCGGGUUCCUCGCCGCUCCUCUACGUGUGGGAGCGCCUCGGCGGGACCCUGCCAGCCAAGGCCACGGCGGAUGCCGUCCUGGGGACGCUGAUGCUGCGGAACCUGACGCAGGACGACAGCGGCACGUACCGCUGCACCGCACAGAACCGCGUCGGCUCCGAGACGUGCGUCAUGGCUGUGGCCAUCACUAACAGAACUCUCAGCGCCGGUGCCAUCGCUGGCAUCGUGCUUGGGGCGCUGGCGCUGCUGGCGCUGCUGCUGCUGCUCCUGCUCUGCUGCUGCUGCUGCUGCCGGCGGAGACGCAAGCGGCGCGAGGAGGAAGAGAUCAUGAACGAAAUUCAUGAGGACGUGGCGGCUCCGCGCUCCGCGUCCGGCAGCGUGCGCUCCUCCAUGGUGUCGGCGAUGCCACCCGACCGCUACACCGUCUACUCGUGCCACCCGCCGCGCUACAACCCGCUCUCCGCCGGCUCGAUCCGCUCCGCCCUGGGCCUGCGUCCCUCCAGCCGCACCUCCAACCGCUCCUCCGUCGCCGCCACCAAGUCCGCGCUCCACGCGGCCCGCGGCUCCGCCCAGAGCUCCGUGCGCUCCUCCUCCACCACCGGCGCCGCCACCCCCAUCGCCGUCGCCACCACCUCCAAGCGAGGAGGAGGCCCCACCGUCUCGUUUGGGCCGGGCCCGGGCCACGCCGUCGCCGCGGGCGACGUCCGCCUCUCCACCAUCCCCGAGUCGACGGGGAGCAACGGCAGAGCGGGGGGCGGGGGGGGCGGCGGGGGCGCGGGGGGCUCCGUGCUGGGGUACCCCGGGUACCCCGGGUACUCCGGGGCCCAGCAGGGCACGGCGGGAAGAGGGGGCGGGGGGAUCGUCCUACGUCCGGGGGUUUCGCCGGAGCCCUCGCGCGGGGGGUCCGGGGAGCCCCCUAAUGGGUACGCGGCACCUGCCCGCAACGGCGCGGGGAGCAGUCGGGACUUUACCCUCGUGUGACGGGGGUCGGGAGGUGUCGGAGAGGUUUGUGCCUGCGUGUGAUUCUUAGAUCCGUGUGCGCGUGUGUGUGGGGAGCCAUGGCGCAGCGAUAAGUGCGCUGCGAUACGAACUCGGCAACCAGAAUUUGAUUCCCGCUCAUGGCUAACACCAGUGGCGAUUAUCUGAACUGGUCGUGGGCGUCCCCUAGGUUGACUCGGCUUCAAAUGGAUACCUGGUGUCAAUGUGUAAACAUUGCCACUUGGGAAGACAAAGGUGGUUGGGCAUGGUGCUGGCCACCCACCCUCUCAUGUGCCGUGCCGGCCUUCAUCGCUGCACGCCAACAGCACUUGCCCCAAAAGUCUAUUCAGGCUAUACCGGGGGGGGGGGGGGUCUUUGUCCUUGUGAUUAUAAAACACAAAUAUUUACCCAAAAAAAUACAUGGCAUGGCCAUGAGAUGGAGAAUCCAUGCAGAACGUUUGCAGGGUGGUGCAUGACGGUCAAACUGCGCUUUGUGAUUCUCAGAGCUGGAACCUUGCCAAAUUAAGUCCAGAACAAAUUUUUAUUUUAUUUAUUUUGUCCGCAAUCAUUUGUGGCCUGGCCGCUACACUGUUGGGAUCAGAAUCUAUUUUCUCAGUGAUGCUGGCUUAAUGCAUUGACCCUCUCGAGCCACCUGGCCACUGCAUCCAACGAUGAAUACAUGGAGAGGGGAAGUUUCCAUUCUGUGCAGGCAGCUACCCAGACAUGCUUGUGAUUGUUUUAUUGUGUAUGUGCAGAGUUGUGCAUGGGUGUGUGUGAACUUCUCCACGUGUGUAUGAGUGUGUGCGUCCAUGCUUGUGUGCGGGUGUGAUGUUGAGCACGCACGCACGUGGGUGCGCGUGCAGUGUGCGGGCGUGCAGUGUGCGCGCGUGCACCGAUGCGUGCGGUCGUCGAGUGGUCAGCGCGCUGCACUAAAAACCCGACGACCGAGUUCGAUUUCCGCUAACGGCCAACACCGUUGACUAUUAUCUGAACCGAACCUGGCCCUUCCCAAGGUUGACUUGGCCUAAAAUAAGUACCCGGUGCGAUGUGUAAACAUCGCCCCGAGGGAGACAAAGGCAGCCGGGCGUGGUGGUGGCCACCGACCCCAUCGUGUGCCGUGCUGGCCGUCAUAGGUGCUCGCUGACAGCACUUGCUCCAACAGUCUGUUAAGGCUAUAAAGGGGAUCUUUGUCUUUGGAGUUACACGUGUGUGUGCGUCGGUGCCAAUGCGUGUGUUUGUUACAUUCCGAACCACUUCCGAACAUUUGACGCGUUUCGAGUCCCCUGUGUUUGGAAAAGGGUAUGUGGUGGUGGUGGGGAUGAGGGUGGCUGUGGAGAUUUUAAUUCCACUUGUAUAUGUAACGCGUAUGCAACGUAGAACAUGUAUAAGCUGUACUCGCGGUUUUGUGUAUAACUCGUAGUCUGGCUGUCGGCUCUGUUAACAGUACGGGAUUUGUGGUGCAAGGGGACCCCCUAAGCAGUGUCAGGGAACAAACCCCAACAACUCUAACCCCAAAUCUAACCCCAACUCUACCUCUACCAUAAAUCUUAGUGUCACCCAAACCAUUCGCUUCAUCUGCAUGAGACUAUGUAAUAUGUUACUCUGAAGGUUUGGGGAAUCUUACUGGGAAUUGCGCUUGUUAUAAUUAUUGACUUAUGAUUGUUGUAAACAUGUUAAGUUUAAUGAUCGCUGGGGUCCUAGGGGGUCUCGUUGUUUGGAUCUAGUGUCGGGUCCCUUGUGCUACAGGAGGGGAUGGGUGAAGUUUCGUUGUGCAUCUGAUCAUCACCGGAGGAAGUUGUUUUUGUAAUUCAUGGACACACAUUGUACAUAUCCAGGGUGAUCCAUUUACAGGUACCCCACUUAGAUUUGGUACACAGCCCUCGUUCUGCAUUGCAGCCAUCGCUACGUUCCUCUAAGGCCACCUUGCUGCACCUUAAAGUGGAACGUUUCACAAUUAUUUUUGCCUAAAAACUGGGCAUGCUAACAUUCUAUGUUUUUGGACAGAGCCAUACUUUUUUUAAUCUUUAUUUUUCAAUAAAAUGUUAAUUCCUC